UUACAGGGUCCAUUCAUGUCACUAAUUUCUCAUUUCAUAAAACUUAAAUGCUUGUACACGGUGGGAAAUUAGCAAUCGCUUGCUGAGACGGUGUUCAUUAAAUAUUGCCUCGAACAAUUUUUUCCCAUGUGGAUAAUUUUAGCUAUGAAUAUCAUGUUUCGUCGUUGACUCACAACUUAUGUGUAAAUAAAUGUAUGAAACACCCAUUGUAAUUUCUAAAUAAGGAAACAAUUGUGCCUAUAAAAGGUAGCAUUGGCAUUUUUUGACACAUUCUCUUCGUUAAUAGGACAAGGAGACACAACUGUACAAUAGUUGGAAGCCAAGUGUAACAAGAUCAUGAUGAAUGUAAAAGAUUCAACUGAAAAGAUCCUGCUUGAUCCAUACCUGUACAUCUGCCAAAUACCAGGCAAACAGAUACGUGGGAAACUUGCACUGGCAUUUAACCACUGGUUGAGGAUUCCAGAUGAUAAGCUGCAAGUCAUUGGUGAAGCCACGCAAAUGUUACACAAUGCCAGUUUGUUAAUUGAUGACAUUGAAGACAACUCAAAUUUACGGCGAGGAAUUCCAGUUGCCCACAACAUAUAUGGAACUCCUCACACCAUCAACUCUGCCAACUAUGUAUACUUCCUCGGUCUACAGAAGGUCCUAGCUCUAGACCAUCCAGAUGCCACCAGGGUAUUCACAGAACAGAUGCUUGAGCUACAUCGGGGUCAGGGAAUGGACAUCUACUGGAGAGACACAGUAAGCUGCCCAUCAGAACAGGACUACAAGACUAUGGUGAUGAGAAAAACUGGGGGUUUGUUCGGAUUGGCAGUCAGGCUUAUGCAGCUAUUCAGUGACAACAAAAGUGACUUCAAACCACUGAGUGACAGUCUUGGACUGUAUUUCCAGAUCAGGGAUGACUAUGCUAAUCUCAGCUCGAAGGAAUAUGAGCAAAACAAGAGUUACUGUGAGGAUCUGACGGAGGGGAAGUUCUCGUUCCCGCUCAUCCAUGGCAUCUCCAGUGAUAAGGGAGAUAACCAGAUUCUCAGUAUUCUACGACAACGCACUCAAGAUAACGAUGUGAAGAAAUACUGCGUUGAUCUGCUGUGGAAGAAGGGAUCAUUUGAGUAUACAAAGACAACUUUGAUUGAAAUAGAGAAAGAAAUAUACCAGCAGGUAGAAGCGUUUGGUGGGAACAGCCAUCUAACCAGCCUGAUGAAUGAACUGAGAAAAGUCUACACUUCUUGACCCUUGUUACUUAUUAGGAAACUUUGUCUUACAUUUAUCAUCAUCAUAUUUAUUUAUUAUUGAAUUACUUUAGCUAGAACUGUUUGUAUAGAAGAGGGUAAAAAACGCUUUUUGGGAUGUUGUAUUCAGGGUCAUUUUAAGGGGUACUCAAAACUCAGAAAUGUUGUAUGCUGUAUUCCGAAUCUCAAAGUUAUGCUUUAUUCAGUAUGUGUUUGCUUCAAAUAUCUGCCCAGUAUUUUUUACCCAGAGUUUGGAUAGAAUAUGAAGGAGAAUUCAAUACACAAGAGUUUCGGGAGUGGUUACACCCACAUAGAGUACUUUAGCAAAUACGGUAUUAAUAAUUCAUUUUUUUUAAAAAUUGUAUUGUAUACAUCUUGAGGGGGCUAGACACCAGAUGGUCCAAAAAUCGGCAAUUACAUUAUUUCCUCAAAACAAGCCUAGAAUUGUCAAUGCGAGCUAGUAGAAGGCUAAUUUUACAUCACUUCACAUGGUUUAUAUAAUAAAUGCAACAAUCAUGUUGCUGUGCCAUCUGUGUUUCCCCGUUUAAAAUGGCGCAUAAUGGUUUCCUAGUUUAAAUCAUAUCUGUUUAUGAGUACAGAAAAAUAUACUGACGCUAUUUUUAAACUUACUGGGAUUUACGUGGUAGACAACCCUAGUUAAUUCGAAUAGGAAAAAUGCGCCAAAACUGGGAAAGAUGCAUGUGUCAUAAGCGAUGUGAUACAUCUGUAAGUAAGAUUCAAUGCAUUGUACACGAUGUCAAUUUUAUGUAAAGCUUUUACCAAUUUUCAUUUUUUCUUGCAAUUGUAUCAUCUGGUGACUAGCACCUUUAAUGAGCUUCAGUAGCUUGUUGUUUACAUUUACCUCUCACUGACUCAGUUUCAAUUGAUAUUAAGCCUUGUUAUAGGAAGUGCUUGAGUCCUUAUUAUGACGAUUAUGUCUUUAAGAGUACAUGUUUUUUGUGAGUUUUAACAACCAACUAUGAUUCUUGAAAAGCCCAUAGCAAAAUUUUGUUUGCACAGUUUAUAUUUAAAUAUUGACAUUUAAAAGUGCAAUUAAAAAUAGUGAAAGACAAUCUUUAGUGAUACAUUUUUAUUGUAUCAAAUUUUUGGCAAUAUUGAUAAAGCAAAAUAAUGGAUUUAUUGUGAUUACAGUGUUACAUUUUUGACAGCAUUGUGUCCAUUGAUAAGAUGGUUAAACAUGCUUCUUACCUUAUAUAGCUGUUCAUCCAGGGACCAAUAUUAUGUUUUCAUAUAAUCUUUUAUCACAUGAAGAUGCAAACUCUGAUAAAUAUAUUCGACCUUCCAUUGUCCUCUAUUUCUAAUACAUGUAUUUGUAUAUUUCUAAUUUUUCAUGUGCAAUAUUUGUUUAUAUUUUUGUUCAUGUACAUGUGAUUUAUGCAUGUGCUGUACAUGUAAAAGUGUAUUGAAUUUUUUUGCAUUUUUAUGUAACAUAAUGAUUACUUUAUAGUGCAUAGUUAUUACAAUAUACACACUUUGAAGUUUGAAUGAUUGCUUUUUUGAUGAUGUUAUUUUCUUCUUUUGUCACCAGUUUCUAUUUGAUUAUUAAAAUUGUUAUAUAUAGCCGGCAAAACAUGGGCUUGAUUGUUCAGAACUUUGAUCAUGUUUACAUCGUGAUAAAUGACAUCGUCAUUAACUUUUAAAGUUUUCAAUUUCAAAUGUUUUAUGAUGAGCUCAUUUGUUUGAAUAAAAACCGGCACAGCUGAAACUGUUGUCUCAAAUCUUAUGAGAAAUUCAGCAGAUCACAAGUUUUACCAUGAACCAUAAUACACAGAGGUUAAGAUUUAAAAGCUAACACAGCCGAUGACUUUAUCUUUAACAAUGUUCUGGACAAUCGGCUUAUUGUAUCUCAGAAUAUUUAUCUGUACUGCAUGGUCUGUGAACCAUUAAGUUUAUCUUUAAUGUCAAAUAUAUCUUCUAUAUCAAAAAUGUUGUUCGGCAAAAUUCAAUUGUAUAUGAGUUUAAAAAAUAUAUGUGCAUGAUGUGCUGUCUUAAUAAAUGUGUAAAAACAA